AAAUACUGUUUUGGCACCCUAUACAAAGCUCUUUAAUACGCACUAUUUUGUGUUGUUUUGGCGCACUGUUUAUGGUCACUCUAAAAUCAAAAUAUUUUAAUUAUUUGUUGUCAACAAAUGAUCGUGAAUAAGGAUUGAGGAUGAGUGGCUUGCUAAACGACAUCCAGCGCAUCCUCAGUGAGGUGUGCUCGGAUAAGACAGCCUCUUGCCACAAGGCUAUCCAGCAGCUCGAUGAAAAGCUGUCCAGCUGCCGGGAGGACAUGAAUGGAUUGCUUCUGGCCAGGACUUGUGACUUGACAUGGACGGUUGUCUUCGAGGCCGCCAAAGAGGCACUCAUUAAACACGCUGCAAAACUACAAGCUGCCAACGAAAAGACCUUCAAGACUUUGGCGGGAAAAUGCUAUUUAUUUAGCAAUGUCCUCGACAAAAUAGUAAAAUAUAAUCUAGAGGCUGGUUUGGAGACUUCCGGCAAUGGACACUUUCUCGCCAGGACUAGCAUUUUUAAUGCAUUUGAGGAAGGCAUUAAGAUGCGGGUGACAGUUAAGUACUUUGGUGACACCAUUCUUAACCUUCUGGAAAGGGGUAUCUACCCCUCCGCCAGCUAUGUAAAAGAGAUGAAAAUCAACGAGUAUAGCCGAAUUCUUUCGUACCUGUUCGAGUUAAAUGUGGACGGAGAUGAGUUUCUUUCCACUAGGGUACUGAAAUGCAUCACAAAGACUGUCAGUCUGGCCAAGGACAGGGUCCAGCUGCAUGCUGAUCUAGCGGCGUAUCUUCCCGAGCUAACCAGCAUUGCAGGCCGGGCCCAAGGCCCCAGAAAAACGGAGAUUGUUCGUCUCUACUCCCUCUUUGUGACGGAGCUUUCAGUGAAUUACCAUUACCAGUUAUGUGUUCAUAUGCAAGAUGUUUUGCCGAAGCUUUGCGAGUUCCAUAACGAGGAUGUAUAUCGCGACGACACCAGAAACAUAUUCUUUCAGUGUGUUAUUCAGUCUCUGAAAUCCAUGUAUCCCAAGCUUGAUCAAUGUGAUUUUAACACAUUUGGCGUUCUUCUUCAAGAAAACUGGCCAAAAACUAUAAUGCGACUAAAAACAAUCGUUAACAUGGAGAUAAGCAAAAAUUCCCUAGUUCGUUACAAAACUUUCCAGCUCAGCAAUGACAAGUUCUCGCAGCCUUUCCUCCAGAUGUCUGCCUUGAUAAUGUACAUAGUUCUAUGGCACUUGGACGUAAGAAAACCCGAUGAUAGUGGCGAAGGCGAUGCGCCCAAAAAACUUGCCAAGCCUUCAGAUAAAAUGGAAGUGAUGUUCGGACUGAUCGCCAAAACGGAAACUACAUUUAACGACGUGUGGUUUGGAAUUUUCGCGGAGCUGCUCCAGCUGAGCAGCGUGAUACUAAAUGUGGCCAAUUAUCAGCAGGCCUUAACCACAGUAUCGGACAUCUUGCAAAUAUACGGAAAUUUUAAAAACCUUCGAAAUGUUCGUUUAUGCUUAGAUGUGCUGCUAAAAAAGGAAAAAGAGCUGGUAGAAUCACUUUCAAUUCAGAAAGAUUUUCUGGGUGAUUUGUGGGUCCAGAUGGGAAACCAUUUAAUAUCAGAGUCCACCACUAACAGCGAGGAGAUAAACGAAAGACAAUUGGUACUACAGAUGCUCAUCAGACACAAAAAACUGAACCAAAAGAUGGUCACUACCCUGUUGCAAAACAUCACUUCUAACGAGAUCAUGAGGCGAAAUGAAUGCAUUGCUACCAUCCGCGAGAUAUACAUCCAUGCAGCUGAGUGCGGUCUGGAAAAAUCAUCUGCCGACUUGGAGCCGAUAUUGGCGUGGGCCUAUAGUAGUGGAGCGCGUAACAGUGUCACACAUUUGAUACACAAUAUAGCUAGUAUUGAUACCUCCUUGCAGGCAGAUACAUUUUCAAUUUGCAUUAUUAAUUUUCUGGACGAAAAACAGCAGAAAGAACUGUCCAAUCCAGAGCCUAUUGCCACUCUAGAAGAUCAGAAUACUUUGCUCUUUAAAUAUAACAAGAAACUGGUCUUUAUGGGAAAGGAUUACGUUGAUUCCGCUGCAAAUAAAGCUCUGCAUCAGGGCGAAACAAAGAACUGCUUCUUUCAAACUAAAUAUGAGUGCCUUAUGCGAAACCUUAACUUUAAUAGUGUAAACGACAACGAAUCCCAAUCUAUUAAAAAGAAUUUAAGCAGCCUACACAAAUUGGUUUGCACCAUGGAAAGACUUUUGUUUUAUAAAGUUUUUGAUGCCGGAAACUUUACUGGUUGUCCUUUAAUAAAGCGCAUAGGCUUGUUUCUCAGUCACAUCGAGUUUCACUAUAAGGCCAACGAUGCAAAGUCAAUCAAGGAAAGCGAUCUUCUUGAAAUUCUUGGACUACAGAUCGCUGUCUUGGAAGCUUUCAGAUCGAAUGUGAUUCUUUUAAAUUAUUUAAAUACGCAGCCCCUAGAAAUGCUCGUGGAUUUCGUUAAAAACUCCCUCAAAUUACAUUGCAGACAGAGGGACAGUUUGGAUCAUGAUGGAAUCACGAAUCAAUGCAUUCAGAUUUUGGGCGCGUUGUGUGCCUUCAGCUCAUAUCGCGAUGAAUCUUUUGAGCAUCUUUCCAAGACUGCUCUACGCUGGAAGCCCCAAGAUGUUCUCAUUGCCAUUAAGAUGCUGUACUUCUGCGAAAGCAUUUCCGAUGAUGCCUGCACUUGGCUGGUGGAGAAACUGAAACACCUUUUCCUGCAUUACCAUCAGGACUUGAAUAUCAUCGACCAAGUGGUGGAAUAUAUGCCCAAAAUUUUCAGUUUCGUUUACCAAAUGGAAAAUCUCUUGGAUGACAUGUUAAUGGCCCUUAACUCCUUGCUGAGGAUUGCGCUUAAGAAGUCCUACACAUCCAAACUGACUGCGAAAAUCGUUCGCUGCGUCGGUUUGAUCGCCCAGCGUUGCCCAGACAUAUAUCUUGUUGAGAACUUUACUGUGAUAUGCAAGUCCACUGCCAAAUUCAUUGCCAUGCCCACCCUGGAGGUGCGCUAUGCCACUCUAUUCAGUUUCAUAAUACUGCUCAAUACGAAUUGUGUGACUGCCGAUGUUAUAGGGCACUCGCAGAGCCACUGGAACUUUUGCCAGGAGGUCUACGACAGCAUUGAAUUCAAGAAAUUGGCUUACAACGAUGAGGAUGCAACACAAAAUGCUACUUCUAUAGUGGUGCAAAUGUUGAUUGCAUUUAUUAUUCGGAGCUCGUUUCACCAGGAGAUUGCCCUGAAGGAACUGUGCUAUCACAUUGCCUCCCGAAAGCUUAGCGAAGGUGAAUUUUAUUUUCUACAAAAUGUUGAUCCUUGCUAUGGAAAAUCAAUUAGGGACUUAAUACAACCCUAUACCGAUGACCUUUUACAUCAUUGGGCCGAACAAAAUUGGCCACUUUCGAAGUUCCCUUAUUUUCUGUGUUAUGAAACGAAAAUUGACUUCCAUAGAGCUCACAUAAACAGCAUUCUGGCCUACACAUUUUUAUAUGGAAAGCCCGAGGAUGUGGAUCGUCUCAAGAAGGCUCUUGACGAAGAGAUCGCCUAUCCACUUAUUUCAUCAUUCAUGCUGCCCAAAAAUGUAUCCUGUUCUGAAACCGAAAGGGAAGACUUUAAGGAUCGUUACCAGCAGUUCGAGGUCAACGUAACAAACUCUCAAAUAGAGUCGUUAAAGAUCGCCCUCAAUGCGGAGACCCUCUGGAGAACUACAAACCUGCUGUACGACCCCCAGGAACUGCAAAGGUUGUUGGGACCUUCAGUUCCCUUAAUAGAAGAUUGCAGCUGGUACAAUCUGAAAUCGAAGUCACUAUUUAAGUGUAUUAACUGGCAUAUUGAUCCUAAUAAUAACUCAUCGAGGGGCAGUCGUAUCCAGUCCAUGUCCCUGCUUCAAUUGAAACAUCCGCGAAUUCUGGUCGAUCUGUUCGGACGUCUAAAGAUGCACUGUUUCAACGCCACCUUUCCCAGUCAGGUUGUGCACGAAUUCUUCCUUUAUUGCGCCAUUGCAGAUGCUGUCUACGAUUCGGCGCUUGAGUCGGAAGGUGCUGAAACGGUCGUCAAGUGCUCCUACUUUGUUCGAGAUAUAUGGUUCUUUUUGGUUCGAUUUUUGAAGCACUCUAAGUCUAUCCAAGUCCAGAUGUCAAUUGUAUCUUAUUUGGAAGUCUUGCUCAGCAAACAUAUAUUUGGAUUCGAUGAAUUCACAUCACACAUGGCUGAGAUAGCCAAGCAUCUCAUAGCUUUUGAACAGCAUUGUAAAUUCAAGGAUGUGAAGAAAAGCAUUACAGCUGUGAUAGAAAAGAUUGUGGACUACCAUAAGAGUACAAUAGAUAUGCCGACUUUUCUCGAGGAAACGACAGAAUGCGAAUUUCUGCAACCUCUGAGAGAGGAAUUUGGAUGCAGUUCAUCCAUAGACAAGUCGGAUAUAACCAAGUGCCUCAAUUCAUUCUUAAAAAGUCCUACAUCGGAACGGUUGCGGGACUUAAGGGAUUAUAUUGCUGAGCAUAAAGACAAACUGCAAGCAAAUGAGAAGUUGCUCUUCGAGGUCAUCAAUCGUCUGGUUCAAAUGGCAAGGGACACCCAAAAUAAACAGACCACCCUUUAUGCCCUGAAGUGCCUGGCUCAAAUAGGACCACUAAAGCUUUCAAAUAUAUCAUACUAUUUUCAAACAGAGUUCGAUUCCUUUGAAGAGCCGGAGAAAGAACCAAUGGAAAGAUUUCUAAGUGCGGUUUGUGAAGCUUUGGAGAAAUAUAUGUUCGAUUUCGAUCCGAAAACCCAUGAUGAUAUCGUAUGUGUGGCUUAUAAUGUGGUUAACAGCAAGGCUGGCAUAAAAAUUAUCAAUAAAUAUAAAAACUUGAAAAUAUUUUUGGAUAAGUCUGCGCCAGCUUCAUACCUGAAUUCCCAUAAACAGAUUCGAUGCAUUGAUUGGUUGAAGGUCUUGAAAGCCACCCAAAGAUUUGACUAUGAGUCCUGGUUGUGCGCCUUCGUGUCCUUGGCCUUCAAGGAUUGCGGUUGGGCGGGAUUCGAUGCUCUUGCAGAAAAAUCCUUUGCCUUUGCCAAGAUCUGUUUGCAGCCUUUUAUCAAGUUGCUUUUGGCCAACAAUCCGGAGCACUUGCAGAGUUUGUGUCAAAUGUUGGACUACUUCUUUGAAAAUUUUGUCAACACGGAGCAAUCGGGCUCUGUGGAGAUAUUUCAAAACAAACGAGCCAUUAAGAGGUUCUUGUACAUCUGCGAAUGUAUAAGAAAUUUUAAUAACUGGAGCAUUCCCGUCAAUCUGAGCAAUGUGGUUAGGGCCAGUAAUCACUGCCAGGCCUAUUUUCUUAGCAUUAUGUACUUAGAGUUGUGGGCCUCUUCUCCAAGUACUUCAGAUUCAGCAACUCUUCUGGAGGAUGAAUCAUUUCAAGCCUCUGCCAAAAAAGCCUAUGAGUCUAUUGGCUGCUUGGACGCAAUUGCUGGCAUCGUAAAUCCCAUGCGCUGCAGGAUGGACUUCCUCAGUCGCAAUAAUAAUCUGUCUGCCAUCUUAAUGGAGACUGAUGAUUGCAAUUAUUCCAGUGGACAGGUUUGUGCAGACAUUAUGAAGAGCAACGGGCUAUGGUCCUUUGCCAUGCUGCAGCAGCACCAACAAGUAGAGCCGGACUAUGAGAUUCUGUGGCGCCUCGGGAGGUGGGACUCGCUGCAUGAAACUCAACAACAGCAACUGAAGGCAAGGACCAAACUUAACCUAGAGCGGGAGUUCCAGCGACAUCACUUCAUGGCACUCCGGAGCAUCGGCCAGCGGGAGCAAGAGAACAGUCUAUCGGCCAUUGAGUUGGCCUAUCAAUGCGUCGGCAACAUCCUGCAGGAUAUUAGCGUCGAGUGUUUGCAAAGUGUGUACAAGUACCUUACAUGGCUGUGUUCGCUUCAACAGGCAGAGGAUUUUUGCCAGAUACAAUUCGGCUCCCAUUUAAAUCCAGUCAUGCUGACCAAGCUCUUUGGCAAGUGGAAUACCGAGCUAGAGCUUCAGUACGGUAACUUUUCCUGUAAGGAGUUUACAAUAGCGCAUCAGAUAGCACUUUUCAAGAUGGCUGGAACGAGGACGACCCGUCGGCUGCUGGAGUUCUACAAACAAAAUCCCAUCGACACCUAUCUACUCAAGGGAAUCGAGGAGUGCAAGAGUGCCGGGAAACUUAAUCUGGCACAGAAGUACAUCGGAAUGUUAAGGGAACUACCUGAUAUAAAGGAAUCAACCAAGAUAAGCGUUCUGCUGGAGGAUGCCGAAGUGAAUGUUAAAAUGGGCCAUAACCAGAUAGCCAAGGCGAUUUUGGAGCACGUUAACACCAAUCAAGAAUUUACAUACUGCCUGCAAAGGAUACCGGCUAUUCGGAUGGAGGGCGAGUUCCUGAUGGACUCCAAUGCCGACAGCUUGAGUUCCGUCCAAUGCCAGAAGUUCAACGCCGCUCUCAAGCUGAUAGAUGACUUCUUGUUGAAUCGCCAGACUCUGAGCAAUAAGUAUCCCCACAUCUUCCAGUGGCAGAAUCUAGACAUCUAUACCAACCACCAGCGGACGGCCACCUAUGCGACGAUGGCCAAGUAUGCGGACCGAGAAUACCAGCAGCUGUACGAGUACCGACACUCCCAGGACUAUCAGACUCUAAUCGACAUUAUUGAACAGAACCGACUGAUGGCGUCGAAGGUGACGCAGCGCGAAAACCACGAUCGGCUGAUAAUAAGCCUGCAGAUGAAGCGCUAUGCCAAUCUCGACGAGAGUCAGCUGCAGCAUGUCGAGGAGAAGCUUACGCAGCACCUCUGCUCGGCCAUAAAAAACCACAUUGCCUACUGCCGCUUGGACAGUGGGUUUUCCAGUGCCGCUAUAUACCGCAUCAUAUCGCUGUGGUUCACCAAUGCCUCAAAUGAAAAGCUGCAGCAGUGCAUCAAAGAGGAGCUACCAACAGUACCGUCCUACAAGUUCAUCUGCGCUGCUAACCAAUUGAUCGGGCGGUUGAACUCAAAAAACACUACCCUAAUCAAGGCAUUGGUAGAUCUUCUGGUGCGCUGUGGUCAGGAUCAUCCGCAUCACAUCCUGUAUCUGUUGUACCCGCUCGUCUUUGCCAAUCUGGAUGGAGAGCACAGUAACACGGAGCGAGCUGGAAUCGCUCAACGAAUCAUUGCCAAGAUUGGCGAAAAGAAUCCAAAGGCGGCGGCGUGCAGCAAAGAGCUGGAAUCUGUACUGCCAGCUCUUAUAACCUUCGCCAACGAGGGCACGACUGAGAACAAACAGCAAGUAUCGGAUGCGACUCGACAAAAGCAGUUCGAAAGGGUGAGGCGCCUCCGUCAUCUAAAUAAUGUUCAUUGCCCCACUCUCGAGCUGCCUGUCUCGCCCAGCAACGAAUACAACAUAACAAGUAUCUGCAAUUGGGCCAAGGAAAUUUCGCAAUGUGGAGGCCUGAAUGCUCCCGUAAAGGUCCUAUGCAUGUGCUCCGAUGGUCAGACACGGCCGCAGCUGAUCAAGGGCAAGGAUGAUCUCCGACAGGAUGCAGUGAUGCAGCAGGUGUUUGGCAUUGUCAACCAACUCUUAAGCCAGGACUCUGAAUUCAUUGAACGGAAACUUAAGUUACGGACAUACAAGGUAAUGCCUUUGUCCAUGCGAAGUGGAAUCCUGGAGUGGUGCACCAAUUCCAUUCCCGUGGGUCUCUACUUGGCCGGCCAGGGAAAGGGAGGCGCCCACCAACGGUACAGACCAAAUGAUUGGCCAAGCCAGAAAUGCCGCAUCUCUUUGGGGAGCCACUUGAAGUCGUCCAAGGAGAAGCGUUUUAAAAUGUACCAGGAAGUAUGUGAUCAUAUAAAGCCUGUAUUUCAUUAUUUCCUGCUGGAAAAGUUUCCCAUACCAGGUGUUUGGUUCGAGAGGCGAUUAGCUUACACCAACAGCGUGGCCACCACAUCAAUGGUGGGCUAUGUCCUUGGAAUUGGCGAUCGGCAUACCCAAAAUAUACUUAUAGACGAAAGGACUGCUGAAGUGAUCCAUAUUGAUUUUGGUAUUGCUUUUGAGCAAGGCAAAAUACAAACGACACCAGAAACUGUUCCUUUCCGGCUGACCCGCGACUUUGUAGCGCCCAUGGGUAUCUGUGGAACUAAAGGCGUGUUUGCCAAAUCCUGCGAGGCCACAAUGCAUAUCCUUCGACGAUACAAGACUGUAUUCACCACCAUACUCGAGGUGCUUCUCUACGAUCCAUUAUUUAUUUGGGGUGUCCUCAGAAAGAAGCAAUCCUCCUCGCAAUCUGAAGAGGAAUCUGUGAAUCUAGUUGCUCAACGGGCUCUACUGUUGGUGCAAAAUAAACUGGAGGGCAGAGAGGCCGGCACUUUGGGUGACUCGAAUGUGGAAGCCCAAGUCGAGCGUUUGAUUAAUGAGGCUACGCUCCCCAGCAAUCUAUGCAUGCUAUAUCCUGGCUGGGAUCCGCAACUCUAACAACAUCACACUUAUUACCAGUUACCAUCUAGAAUAUAUGUUUUGUUUUAACGAUUUUA